AGCCGGCUCGUCCAGGGCGCAGCGCUGCGGGGGACCAUGCGGGGUGUCCUCGGCGCGGCGCUGGCGCUGCUACUGGCGGCGGCGCUAGGGCCGGCGCGGCCGCACCCGCAGUGCCUGGACUUCAAGCCGCCGUUCCGGCCGCCUCGGGGCCUCGCCUUCUGCCGCCGCUACGCCGAGUUCGGCUGCUGCGACCUGCGACGCGACCGCGCCCUGCUCCAGCGCUUCUACCGCCUGAGCGCCCGCCUCGACGGGCCCACGUACGCCGCCUGCGCCGGGCACCUGCAGGACCUGCUCUGCCAGGAAUGCUCUCCAUAUGCAGCUCACUUGUACGACGCCGAGGAUCCCUCCACCCCUGUGCGAACAAUACCAGGACUUUGCCAAGACUAUUGCCUGCAAGUGUGGCAAAAAUGCCGCUCCAUUUUUCACUAUCUCUCUGCAGACCAAGAGUUAAUUGCAUUGGAGAAUAACGCAGCAAAAUUCUGCCGCUACCUGUCCUUGGAGGACACAGACUACUGCUUCCCACACCUGCUGGCGAACCAGAACCUUAACCAAAACCUGGGGUUGGUGACUGCUGAUGCAGAGGGCUGUCUCCAGCUUUGCCUCAUGGAGGUUGCCAAUGGGCUGCGCAAUCCUGUUGCGAUGGUGCACGCCAACGAUGGCACCCACAGGUUCUUCAUUGCGGAGCAGGUUGGCCUGGUGUGGACCUACCUCCCCAAUCGAUCCAGGCUUGAAAAGCCAUUUCUGAAUAUCAGCGAAGCCGUACUUACCUCACCUUGGGAAGGAGACGAGAGAGGUUUUCUAGGUAUUGUCUUCCAUCCUAAAUUCAAAUUUAAUGGUAAAGUGUAUGUCUACUAUUCAGUUCAAGUUCAUUAUGAAGAGAGAAUCCGAAUCAGUGAGUUCAGAAUUUCUCCUGCUGACAUGAAUGCUUUGGACCAUGGUUCUGAAAGGAUAAUCCUGGAAAUAGAAGAACCCGCUUCUAACCAUAAUGGAGGAGAGCUGCUUUUUGGAGAUGAUGGGUAUCUCUAUAUAUUUACUGGAGAUGGAGGCAUGGCUGGAGAUCCUUUUGGGACCUUUGGAAACGCCCAGAACAAAUCAACUCUGCUGGGCAAAGUGCUGCGGAUUGAUGUAAACAACAAUGACCGCGGGCCUCUGUACCGAAUCCCUCCUGACAACCCUUUUCUUAAUGACCCCAAGGCUCGCCCUGAAAUCUAUGCAUAUGGAGUGAGAAACAUGUGGCGCUGCUCUUUUGAUCGGGGCGAGCCUCACACCAAGGAGGGGAAAGGACGGCUCUUCUGCGGGGAUGUGGGGCAGAAUAAAUACGAGGAAAUUGACAUCGUGGAGAAAGGGAAAAAUUACGGCUGGAGGGCGAGGGAAGGGUUCAGCUGUUACGAUAAAAAGCUUUGCACCAACUCUUCAAUGGAUGAUGUGCUCCCAAUUUAUGCAUACCCACACAAAAUGGGGAAAUCAGUUACGGGAGGCUAUGUCUAUCGGGGUUGUGAGUCUCCAAACCUGAAUGGCCUGUACAUAUUUGGUGAUUUUAUGAGUGGACGCCUGAUGUCUUUGAAGGAGGAUCAUGCUACUGGAGAGUGGCAGUACAGUGAAAUCUGCAUGGGGACGGGACAGACUUGCAUGUUCCCUGGGCUUAUCAAUAACUAUUACCAAUACAUCAUCUCCUUUGCUGAAGAUGAAGCAGGGGAGCUUUACUUCAUGUCCACCGGCGUACCAAGUGCCACGGCUCCCCGUGGAGUGGUGUACAAAGUGGUGGACACCUCUAGGAGAGCACCACCAGGAAAAUGUCGAAUUGAGCCAUCGCCAGUGAAAGUAAAAAGCAAGCGCAUCCAGUUUGUGCCAAAGGAGAAGCUGAUUAUGAAGACACCAACACCACGUCCCCAGCUGAAGGCUAUGACGGAGGCCCCACGGGGUGGCAGGCCGGACCCCGGAACCCCCCGCAUGCCGUCUGGGGACUGGGUGGCACAAGUCCCACCACCACCAGGGAACCGAAGCAGGACAUCCACCACAGCAGCACCGAGUGGCAGGGCCUCCAAGCCCAGGAAGGGAGCAGAGAGGAGAGGACAGCGCAGGAAGAAGAAGCCCCCCAGCACAGCCCCACCACUGCAGAAUGGCGCCGUGCGGUUGAUGCAGCAGCAGAACCGCGGCCAGAGCUGGGGCCGGGUGGAGGUUUAUAUUGAUGGAGAAUGGGGCACAGUGUGUGACGAUGGCUGGAGCUCACUCGGUGCUGCUGUGGUGUGCCGCCAGCUGGGCUUCCCCUACGUGGUGCGGGCCAGCAAGAAGGCAGAGUUUGGGGAAGGAUCCUCCCUUCGCAUUCUCCUGGAUGAUGUCCAGUGCUCCGGACAGGAGAAGACGCUACUAGAGUGUGCCCAUGCCGACAUCGGCACACACAACUGCUCCCAUGAGGAGGAUGCUGGUGUGGUAUGCAGCCAGGAGGAGGUGGCAGACUGGUGACAGAGGAGCUGGGGAAGGCAGCUGAGGGACUUGGAGCAUGUCUCUUUCUUGCCCAACACCCUAAACCAGCGUCAGUACUGAGGAGGGUGUGCCCUGCCUUGAGGAUGAUGAAUGUGUUUGAAGUAAUCUUGUAGUUUUCUUCAUAUUCUUCCCCAUGCAUCUGUCUUGGAGGGAAAGAAAAAGUAAAAUGAAGCAGUGACAUGAGUACGAUGAGGGCAGGCACUGCGUUUCUACCCCAAACAUCAGCCAAUAUUGAUGAGAAAAGAGAUGUAUCCUGUUGCCCUUUCUGAAAUACAGCCUUCCCCAGCUGUGCUUCCCAAUGUUUUGCCAAAAACAGAUUCCCAAAUGACCCUGUAUCACUCCUGCAGAAGUGUUUGUGUUAUUUGGCUUGCUUUGCCACCUGCAGCUCUGAGUGGUAGUUUCUAACUAUGCAUAAAUCUGUGCCUUCCUUUGUAGAAUACAAAAGUUGAUUUUAUUAUUUUUUUUAACUUUCCAUGCACUAGUUUAAAGGAAAUGAUUCCUCUGACGUGCUUUUUAUUGAUAUAGGCCUACUGGUCAUCAAAGGUGACUGUGUCCAAGCGAAAUCAGAUGAAUUAGAAAAAGUCAUUGCAUACUGCCUGGAAGAUAUUUCUGCAGUUUACACUAGCCUAAGUGAAACGAAAAUCUGGCCUUUGUUACAUGAACAGGAUCGUUAUCCAGUUUAACCCUGAAGAUAGUUGUACAUGUUUCCCAAACAUUGUGAAGCCAACAUGUUUUUGCACUCAGUUUCCACAGGUGCAAAUAACUAGAAAAGAGGUAAUGCACUGGAGCAAUCAUCUGGUAACAUUUACCUAUUUUUAAAGGAUAUAAAAAAAUGCAACACAAAAGUAAUUUUGUCUGAAAUGUGUUUUUCACCUGUGUGAUGAUUGGAGACACGUGUUCUCCUCUUGUGGUCUCUCUGCAUUUGAUAGCAUUUUGCCUAGGGUUUUUUUUUCCCUGUUGUAAUCAGGAUAGGUUUUAUCUUGCUGCUUACAUAUGAACAUGGGAAAAACAAAAUAAAUGUAAAAUGACUAGUGCAUCCAGAAAAGUUCACAAGCAAAACCCAGUAUGUAAAGCUCUUACUGUGGAUAUUUACUUCAAUUCCCUGAUUAACUGUUCUCUUUAGCCUAAAACAUUGAUGUAUAAAGUAGAUAAGUUUGGUUUAAGUAUUUUUUCUGAACUUUCUGAUAUACUUAUUAAAUAUUUUCAAUAUUAAAGAACACCUUCACUAUACAAAACCAGACAGUCAGAAAAAUAGCACUGUCUCCCUGCUUCUUAUGAAGUAUAAAGUGGAGAACAAACAUAUAAAGUGCCUUUUGCAAAAUCCUGCUCAUUUCAUUGGAAAACCUACAAAUGCCAUCAGGCACCAGACUGCCAUUAGGCUUUUCCCAUUGCAAUGAAUGUGCAAAUGCUUUUGUUUAACCUGCAGAAAUUCACUUCAGGCACAUCAAAACGUUCAGGGAACAAGAGAGUCCUUUGUAAAUUCUUCUGUUAAAAGAGCUGGCACCUGAUGAGCUGAUGGGACUCCAGGUCUGGAAGAAAAUGAAAAGCAGAUACAAUCUUUCUUCUUCCAAAUUCCUCUUCCACUUCUUCUGGCUCCUUAGCCAGAUUUCAUCUAGCUCUAGCUGUGAGAUUUUAAGGAGAAUCUUGGUCAUAGUUAUGCUUAAAAACUUCUGGUUAGAAAAAAGGCCUGCACAACAGAAGUUACUCUUGAGAUGAUUCAAGGAUGCCUGCCAUAGACAGGCAGUCUCUGGUGACAGCGAAAGGCAUAUGGAAACCAGCCCACAGGGCUCUUGCCAUUGGCAAGAGCAGGCUGUACUGUGGCUUGGCUGAUGGCAAACACAGAGCCGUACACCCCCGUGUUUGCUGACGGUGUUCCACAGAGGAAUUAUUUAUCAGCAUAGAAAGAAACAAAACUUGUAAAUAAGUUGGGUUUUUUCUCUCUUACCCUUUCUCCCAGCCUACACUGAGUAGGGAAAGCAUUCAAGUGGGAGCAUGACCAGCUCCGUACGCAUGGAUGUGUGUGUGUGUUUGUGCCUGCCAGCUCAGUAUGCUGCUAUGAUGCUGGGAAGAUAUUUCUGACCAUCAUAGUCCCUUCCAAGCUUGAAAUGUAUCUGUUCUAAUCCUGGUAUUUGUCAGUCUAGUUCCUUGGUAUUUAAAUAAUGAGCCUGUACUAUUUAAAGCACAGGAACACAUGUGCAUUUCAAUACCUGGUAUGUCAUCUGCUGUUUAAUAGGAUUCUUAUUGAUAGCUUUUUUGGUUGUUUUAAAAUGCACUUGCAUACCAAGAUGUCACACAAAUUCAGCUUUAGAUAAAUUAAUAAACCCUGCCGUUACAUUUGAACAUGCCAGUAGUCUGUGUGGAUGCUGUUUCAGGAUAAAGGUCUUAAAAUAGCCCAAAAUAAUGCUGGUUACCACAGUGUAGCCGCCCUUUUGCAUGUGUUACGUAGCAGUCCCAGAUUUUGUCCCAUAGCAAUAUGGUUUAUUGCCUUCUCUCCUGAUUCACCUCUGUGACUGAGACUGGAGCAUCUGCAUUUUUCCUUACAGUUUUCCUUUCCUUAUGUUAGCACAGGUACAUCACACACAG